AUUCCGAUCUUAUCCUCCCAGCUCAUAAACUUACAUUCGCAAAAGAGAGUAUAGUCGAUGCAUCAAUUAUAAGUAUUCAUCCAAUAUCAUACCUCCUGCGCCUUACCGAGUGAAUGGAAGACCAUUUGUUGUCUGCUGUAAUAAUAGAUAUUGCAAAUCUCCGGUCCGGUCAAGCCGCAACUUAAUCUUUGCAAAUUUUCAUUCCCUCCUUCCUUCGUUUCCUUCCUGAUUGUCUAACCUCCACUUCUACAAUACAAUACCUCCCUCCACUCUUCCCCCUCCCAAAAAGCAUAAAAGCACAACAAUCAGCAACCAACAACCAACAACCAACAACCAACAGCCAACAACCAACCAACAAUAUUAUAUUCUACAAAUUUGUUAAUGUAGAAAGUAACAUGUCAGAUCCCAGACAAAGCGUAUUCCCGCCAGAUGGAGAUGUCCUCAUUAAGUCACCCAUGGGGAAACAAUGGAAACUCCAUUCCUGGCAACUUGUCACCUACGCACCAAUAAUUGGUGCUUUGCUUAAGGAUGUGUCACCUCGAAACAUCACAAAGGCGAAUAGGGCUGAAGGUAUCACUGUCAGAUGGUGGGUUGAGAUGAAACCAUUUGCAGCUUUCAAAGAUGAUCGUUUCCGAGAUUUUGAGUGCGUUGUAAGUAUUAUAUUUUCCCCAAUUGUCCUGGUGUUAUGAGAGAAUAUCUGGGCUGUAUGUUACUAGAAAUUUUCAUACAUUUAGAAGUUUCCAAUUUCCAAAUCAAAUUCAGAUAAUCCCUAACCCAAAGUUUAUUAUAGCCAAUGAAUAAAAAGGGAAAGCUUACUCUGAAUGGUGCUGGUGCUUAUAGUGGUGUCGGAGAUGUUUCGUUCGAAAGAACAUAUGACAACCUUUUCAGGAUGCUCUACAAUCUACCUCCGAACCUUACGGACGAUAUUGAAGAUGGUGGCGCCAAUGUUUACAUUACCGAUUGCGUCUCCAUUCUUCAAGCUGCUGACUACGUGAAUGCCUUGCCCAGCGUUCGUACUUACAUCGAGAGCUACCUCUUGCGCAUCAGCCAGAAGUUCUGGGUUCAUGUUGCCAAAGCCCCCGAGGCAUGGUCGGAUAUUGCUGUUCGCCUUCAAUCAGCAAUUAUCUUUCGAGAGUCCAUAAUCCAUAUUGCUGGUGGCCUCGAGCUGCCAGGACUUAUCAAAAGAGCUAGAUUUGGAAAAACUCAAUUUGGAAAUGCUUGCCUCAAAGUAGCGGAGCGUAAAUCUCUUGAGCUCAGAGACAAGAAGAUAGACGUUGAGCGCAGAUUGUUACAAUACUACCCAGCACGUCUGAUUCGCAGAGAGACACCCGAUAAGAUCCCCGGCCGUGCCGAUUAUGGCUCCGAUAUCUAUUACUGGCAAGCUCUUACCAUGUGUCGUCAGUUCUUUCAGUCUUCCAUCCUUGCAAACAGACAUCAUCGUCAUGUGGAUGGUGGUGUAGAGUUCUAUCGCACCGUCUUCCGCUGUGAUUAUAUCGACAAGCACGCCGCAGAUGAGUUCCAUCAACUUUUUGCCAUGUCGACCAAGGGAAAGCAGUGUCUCGCUGACGCUGUUGAAAUUAUUAAGGAUGACCAUCGCGUGGUCGUCGCCGAUCUUUUGGAGGACAAUUUGCAACUCCGUACCACAGUCAGAAGUAAGCCAUUGAGAUAUUUGACUUGCACCAAGGUCCUGGAGGAAGAAUUGCCGUGGAUUGUCAGCCCUGGUCUAGGUAUAGCCUCUAAUCCAGGACGGGCUGGAUAUGAGGCUAUUGACGAGGGCCUUGCGAGCCCAGGAAGAGCUCAUGGAGAUGUCGUGGGACAGGACGAUGCUCAUAGACCGGAGAGAGUACCAGGUGAGGAAGUCGGAGGUGACGAAGAUGCCAUUGGUGUCGCUGCAGAGGUAAUAGAAGAGGCUAAUGCCGAGGAUGGCGAAGGCGGGCAGCAAUAUGAGAACGAGAGUGAGAAGGAAGGAGAAGACGAUAAGGAUGAGUACAUGGAAGGGGCAUAGGCGCUUCUUCUCGCGCAUUAUUCGUGCUGCUGCGAUGAUUUUGGCUUAGCAUGGCGUUUGAGUCUUCUGUUUGAUGGGAUGUUUUGUGCAUUUGGGUGAUAUUACUGAUUAAUGAAUAAAAAAAACGGUGUUUUAAUGAGGGAGAGUUUGUCAAGGAAUCAAUAUCUCUCCUUAAUUUGAACAAUCAAAAAUUUCUCUAGAUAGAUAUAGCUAGGCUA